UAAUUACUUUCUUCUAAAAUAUGUCAAUUGGUAUUUACAUAUAUAAAACACAGCUUAAAGAUGUCAAUAUUGAAACAAACUGCUGAUUAACAUUGCUUGACAGUAAUGGCAAUUGUCAGACUAUUGUUAGUCAUUUUGUUUGUAAUUAAUGGAAUAGAAAGAUCAAACCAAAGUCUUGUUCUUGAUUAUUACAAGGAAUCAUGCCCUUUAUUGGAAGAAAUUGUGAGGUAUAUUGUGAAGACUAAAGUGAUAAGGCAGCCUCGAGUAGCGGCUCAAUUGUUGAGACUCCAUUUCCAUGAUUGUUUUGUGCAGGGAUGUGAUGGAUCGGUAUUGUUGGACAGCAAUGGUGUGAUUGUGAGUGAAAAGGGAGCAAAUCCAAAUAGGAAUUCACUCAGAGGGUUUGAAGUAAUUGAUGAUAUAAAGGCUGCAGUAGAAGAAGCAUGUCCAUGGACAGUUUCUUGUGCUGAUAUUGUUGCUAUUGCUGCUCGUGAUUCAGUUGUUUUGAGAGGUGGACCAUCAUGGGAAGUUUGGCUAGGAAGAAGAGACUCCUUAACAGCAAGCUUCAAUGGUGCCAACAAGUUCAUUCCAACUCCAAACUUAUCAUUAGAUGCACUCAUUGCCAAUUUCGCCCAACAGGGUCUUGAUACCAAGGACUUAGUAGCAUUAUCAGGUAGUCAUACAAUAGGGGUAGCAAGAUGUGUAAGUUUCAGGAAAAGAAUCUACAAUCCAGGUUUUCAAGAAAACAUCUAUGAAAGAUAUUCAGAGUUUCAGGAUUCCCUGAAAUCAAUAUGCCCAAGAACAGGGAAUGAUAAUGAAUUAGCACCCCUUGAUUAUAGUACACCGACAUUUUUCGACAACCAUUACUACGAAAACUUGGUAGAAUCAAAAGGGCUGCUGCAUUCAGAUAAUGUUCUGGUGCUUGAAGAUGAAGGUGGAGAUAUACAGCAGAGAGUUUGGGCUUAUGCCAAAAGCAGAACGUUUUUCUUUGAUUCUUUUGCAAGUUCGAUGAUUAAGAUGGGUAAUAUUGAUGUAUUAACUGGGGUUCAAGGUGAGAUUAGGAAGGAUUGUAGGUUUAUUAAUGCUUGAUUCAAACUUUCAAGAAUAUAAUUUAGCUCAUGAUAUAAAAACAGCUUUUUCUAUCAAGAAUUUUCUGAAGCAGAACUGGCAUUUCAAGCUACUAAUUCUAAUACAAGUAGAAAGUAUGAAGCAUCAUCAGAAAGGAUUUUCUUUCUCAUUCACAGCCAUUGUCGGACUGUGUUGGAAGGUGUCCUAAGAUAGUAUUCCUAUCUCAUCACAUGAUGAUCAAACUUCUUAAAUUCUGUGAAAUUUCAAUAUUUA